AUGGGGCUUCGUAUUGUGGUUGAUUAUUUUGAUUUUAAGGGACAUAUGGCUGAUUUCUUGGAUAUGCUUGAUGGAGAAUUAGUGAAAGAAGCCAUGUUAGAAGCUGCUGAUUCACUUUUUGAAGAAUUUAAAAAUAAAAAGGAAAUAGUUUCAGCUAUAAACACGUUGCAAUUAUCAGCACGAACUGUUACUAGAAGAAUUGAAGUAAUUGCGGAGAAUUUGGAGGCAGAAUUAGCAAAUGAUAUGGAAAAUUGUAUUUUCUUUUCGCUACAGAUGGAUGAAUCGGCAGACGUGACAAAUAUAUCACAAUUAGCAAUUUGCGUGAAGAUGGUAUUUUCUGAUUUUACAACAAAAGAAGAAUUCCUUAAAGUUCUGCCAUUAAAGGGAAGCACCAGAGGAGAAGAUAUCUUUUCUACUUUUAAAAAGUAUAUAACAGAUGUAAAAUUACCUGUACAAAAGUUAUCGUCAAUUACAACAGACGGGGCACCAGCGAUGACUG